UCCUGAGGCUAGCAGGGCGGGAUGACACGAUAUGGGAUAUGGGUGGUUACGCUACGGCGACUGACAAUGGUUCGGUCCCGUCGCCUUGCAUGUUGCAUGGCCUCUUGCUGGCGGAAGGCGGGAAGAGCCAUCCCAUGCAUGUUUGUUUAUCAAUCUAGCUGCGACCCCUCACAAGCUUCCCCGCAUCGCGUUGUUGACAGACAAUUAUCCCCUCUUCGACCAGGCGAGCAAACUGAGACUUUCCCUUUUGCUUGUCACUGCAUCUUCGCAAGCGAACACACCUACAUCGAUCAAUAUGGGCAGCCAGUUUGUUCUGGUGACGGGAGCGACCGGCUUCAUCGGCGCUCACAUCGUCGACACCCUACUCGCCAAGGGGCUCAGGGUACGGGGGGCAACCCGUUCCCUUGCUAAGGGCGAUGCUAUGACCAAGGCGCGACCUCAGUAUGCUGGCAAACUCGAGUUCGUGAAGAUUGAUGACUUUGAAAAGCCGGGUGGCUUGGUGGAAGCAGUCGAUGGCGUUGACGGAGUGAUUCAUACAGCGAGUCCUUUCACAUAUGAUACCAAGAACAACGAAAAGGAACUCAUCAUCCCAGCCAUCAACGGCGUCCGGGCUAUUGUCGAAGCCGCGGCCACAAACCCCAAGAUCAAGCGCCUCGUCAUCACCUCCUCCUUCGCCUCCGUUCUCGACGUCAACCGCAAGGGGCCCCCAUACUUCACCUACACCGGCUCCGACUGGAACCCGCUGACCUACGAGGAAGCCGCCGACCAGGCCACCAGCGCCGUCGUCGCCUACCGGGGAUCCAAGAAGUUUGCCGAGCUGGAGGCCUGGAAUUUCGUCAAGGACCACAAGCCCACCUUCGACCUCGUCGCCCUGUGCCCGCCCAUGACCUUCGGUCCCGUCGUACACCAUGUCGAGAGUGUGGACAAGCUAAACGAGUCCAACGCGAUGCUCUGGAAGAUUGCCAGCGGGGCCGAUCCGCUGCCCGUGUCGCGUGUGCCUUUCUGGAUCGAUGUCCGGGACCUAGCAGCCGCACACGUCGGGGCGCUACUCGACGGGGACGUCGGCGGCAAGAGAUACGUCCCUGCUGCGCCGGAGCGGUUCUCGUACGGUCUGGCGGCGAGGAUCAUGAUCGAGGAGUUUCCCGAGCUGGACGGCAAGGUUAAGCAGGAGGAUCAGGUCAUCGAUGACAGCCACGGGUUGGAUGGUGAGGCGGCCGCGAAGGAGCUGGGAUAUCAGUACCACUCGUUCAGGGAGACUUUCAAACCUAAACCCUUCGGCGACCAUGACAUCGACGUCAAGAUCAUUGCCUGCGGCGUGUGUGGUUCUGAUGUGCACACUGCGACGGGAGGAUGGGGCAACAAGAUCUGGCCCCUGAUUCCCGGCCACGAGAUCGUCGGUCAUGCCGUCAAGGUCGGCCCCAAGGUUACCACCGUAAAGGUAGGUGACCGCGUCGGCGUAGGCGCCCAGAUCCACGCCUGCCUCGACUGCGACACCUGCAAGGAAGACAACGAGACAUACUGCAAGAAGCAGAUGGAUACCUACGGCUCCGUCUACCCUGACGGCACCGUCGCCCACGGCGGCUACUCGUCCCACAUCCGCGCCCACGAGCACUUCACCUUCCCGAUCCCCGACGGUCUACAGACCGAGCUCGUCGCGCCCAUGCUCUGCGCCGGCCUGACCGCCUACUCGCCUCUUGUGCGCAACGGUGCCGGGCCCGGCAAGAAGGUCGGCAUCAUCGGAGUCGGCGGCAUCGGCCACUUCGGCAUUCUCUUCGCCAAGGCGCUCGGCGCGACCACAUACGCCAUCUCGCGCUCGCGGGCCAAGGAGGCCGACGCCAAGGCCAUGGGCGCCGACGGAUUCCUCGCGACCAAGGAGGCCGGGUGGGCGACGGCGCACGAGAUGACCUUCGACAUGAUCCUGUGCACCGCGUCAUCGGAUGACGGGUUCGACCUCGCGCCUUACCUGUCGCUGCUGAAGGUGCACGGGCGGUUUGUGGGUGUCGGGCUGCCCGAGGGCAGUUCCGGAUGGCAGGUGAAGCCGCAGAGCCUGUUGGCGAAUGGGUGUCUUGUUGGGAGCAGCCAUUUGGGGAGCCGCAAGGAGACGCUUGAGAUGUUGAGGUUGGCCGAGGAGAAGGGAAUCAAGAGCUGGGUUGAGACGAUCCCUGUCGGGGAGGAGGGCGUUGGGAAGGCGUUGGAGAGGUUGCACAACGGGGAUGUGAGAUACCGGUUUACGCUUGUUGACUAUGAGAAGCAGUUCAAGUAGAAGGUGUGCUUUGUGUUUUUCCUUUUUCAUGCAUGGACUGGCGGUACGGACGG